AUGAAUAAACAUGGAUUUGCUAGAGCAUCAUGUGACUCUAGGGUACAGGAGAGAUCUAAGAACGUAUUUCUAAAAGCUUCUGAAAACAAGGACACUGAUGAUGAUGCUUCUACUCCAAGAGAAGAUCCACUUGCUUGCACUGAUAUUGAACUUUCUAAAACCGAGGAAGACCACCAAGAUGGGAAGGAGAGUAAGAACAGUCAAGAAAUAAGAAGUGAACCAGUAAAUGAAAUGGAAGAUGUUGAGAAUCUUUUCAGAGAGCCUCAUGUUUCUUCUCCAAGAGAAGAUCCACUUGCUUGCACUGAUGCGGACAUAAUAAACAAGGAUGACCUUGCUAAAACCGAGGAAGACCACCUCAAUGAGAAGGGGAGUAAAGACAGCCAAGAAAUAAGUAGCAAACCAGAAGAUGAAAUGGAAGAUGUUGGGAAUCUUUUCAAAGAGCUCAAUGCUUCUUCUCCAAGAGAGGAUCCACUUGCUUGCACUCAUACGGACAUAAUAAACAAGGAUGACCUUUCUAAAACAGAGGAAGACCACCAAGAUGAGAAGGAGAGUAAAGACAGCCAAGAAAUAAGUAGCAAAGCAGUAAAUGAAAUGGAAGAUGUUGAGAAUCUAUUCAAAGAACUCAAAGAACAAGGAAUCAAGGAGGGUAUUGGAGUGAAGGCAGACAUUCAGAAGGUCCAAGUGGAGAAAACCGAGGAGGAUCAGAAAAAGAACAAACAAAGAAAUCAAGGACAGACCGAGGGAAAAAAUGAGACAAUAAGAUCUCAGAUGGUGGAGGGGAGUUGUUUACCAACCCAGCUGGUUAUUUCCAUGAAGGAAGUGGAAGACGUUCCAAGCAAAAGCUUAAAAAUGAAGGUUUCUGAUCAAAAAGUGGACAAUAUAUGUAAAAAUCUGGAGACCCCACAGUUGGAACAUCUAGAGCAUCAAAAGACAAUGGAAAUUCUAGAGACCAUUGAUGCUAAGGAUAGUAAUUUGCAAACAAUAGACCUGAGCCAGUCAGAUCCACCUAUAGACACCGAUUCUGAUAUCUCUGGAUUACAAAGACCAAAGACAGAGACACUCGUGACUGAGCAAGACCUGGCGGAAGCCCUUGCAAAACUGAAAGCAGGGACAGGAAACCAAAAUGACACUCUCGAAAACAAGUCCGAAUUCGAAACAAAGGCUGAUACAGAGGACGUGAUGAAAUCGAGCUCACGAAAGCAGCACCUAGUCAGUGAAAUGAACCAGGGCUACACUGAACAAGGGUCUACAACAGAAACAUUGCAGACAGAUGAUGAAUCAGCACUAGAAGUACUGGAGAUGCAGAUGGAUACAGAUAAAGGCAUUGAUACAGAAGGCAGAACUGAUUCAAAUGAGACUGGAUCAUUGGCUGAAGGAGUUGUGGAGAAGGUAAUGAAGACAUCUGAGGAGGAUAGCAAGUCAGCUGUGGUUCCACAGGAAGAACUAGACCAGUCCUACCCUAAAAAAGAGUUACCUGACCAAACAACAACAUCAAUUAGCAAAAUGGUUGUACAUCCUGAGCCAGAAGAUGAAAUCUCAGAUUCUACCCUGCAUGAACAAGAUGAAACUCAAUGGAUCAAUGAAGCAACUCUUGGUUCCGUAACCAAACUAACACCAGAGACGAAAAUCAGUUCUACUAAACAGAUCGUCACGAGUAAGCAUGCCAGGAACAAUCAGACCUGUCAGCAAGAGCAAUCUGAAAAGGACUCGAUCACAGAAGUGACCACAGAAUUAGCCAAAGAUCAGACAAAGACUCUGGAUUCUAAGGACACUUCAGAAACCAAACUAGAAGCUGAAUUAAAUGGUAGCGAGCUUGCAGUAACUGGACUUCAGAUUGAAGCCUUACAGCCUUUAAGCCUUCCAGAGAGUGAAUCAGCGGAAAUAUGGAAGGAUACACACCAAGACAUUGAGACAACUGAGGUUGAAUUGAAGACUACCUCAUUAGAGGUUGUGAAGGAACCAACAGAUACGGAAGAGAUAGCUGUACCUGAAAUGAUUUGCCAACCCUACACUAAAGAAGACUCCAUGUUAGAACAGUUCGCAGAUAAAGAAGUGACCAAAUCAUUAAUGCAGGCAUCAUUUACCGAAGCAAAGCCUGUGCAUCCAGAGCCGAAAGAUGACUCUCCAACUUCUUUGAUGCAGGAACUGGACAAAACCGAACGCCCAGAUGAAACCAGUGUUGGUUCUACAAGCAUGAGUAAGCAUGAGCAAGCUGAAUCUGAAAGUGAGAAUAAAACAGAAGGUCAAUUAUCUCUAGAGGCUGUGGAGACCACAAUUGAAGUCCUAACAGAGUUACGUGAGGCAAAGGCUAUGAUUCUUAAAGACACUUCUGACACCCCGUUAGAGGAUAGCACAAUACAGGACAGGUUAGCUGUCGAAACCGAAUUGCAUAGACCUCUGAUGGAUAUGCAGGUGGAUACAGAAAACUUGAAGACUACCUCAUUAGAGGUUGUGAGGGAAUCAAGAGAUACGGAAGAGCCAGCUGUAUCUGAAGUGAUAUGCCAACACUACACUGAAGAAGACUCCAUGUUAGAACAGUUCGCAGAUAAAGAAGUGACCAAAUCAUUAAUGCAGGCAUCAUUUACCAAAGCAAAGCCUGUGCAUCCAGAGCCGAAAGACGACUCGCCAACUUCUUCAAUGCAGGAACUGGACAAAACCGAACGCCCCAAUGAAACCAGUGUUGGUUCUACAAGCAUGAGUAAGCAUGAGCAAGAUGAAUUGGAAAGUGAGACUAAAACAGAAGGUCAAUUAUCUCUCGCAGCUGUGGAGACCACAAUUGAAGUCCUAACAGAGUUACCUGAGGCAAAGGCUAUGAUUCUUGAAGACACUUCUAAAACCCCGUUAGAGGAUCGCACAAUACAGGACAGGUCAGCUGUCGAAAUCGAAUUGCAUAGACCUCUGAUGGAUAUGCAGGUGGAUACAGAAAACUUGAAGACUACCUCAUUAGAGGUUGUGGAGGAAUCAAGAGAUAUGGAAGAGCUAGAUGUACCUGAAGUGAUAUGCCAAUCCUACACUGAAGAAGACCCUAUGCAAGAACAGUUCACAGAUAAUGAAGUGACUAAAUCAAUAAUGAAGGCAUCAUUUACCCAAGAAAAGCCUGUGCUUCCAGAGCCGAAAGACGACUCACCAACUUCUUUGAUGCAUGAACUGAACAAAAUCGAACGCCCAGAUGAAACCAGCGUUGGUUCUACAAGCAUGAGUAAACAUGAGCAAGCUGAAUCGGAAAGUGAGACUAAAACAGAAGGUCAAUUAUCUCUAGAGGCUGUGGAGACCACAUCUGAAGUCCUAACAGAGUUACCUGAGGCAAAGGCUAUGAUUCCUGAAGACACUUCUGACACCCCGUUAGAGGAUCGCACAAUACAGGACAGGUCAGCUGUCGAAACCGAAUCGCAUAGACCUCUGAUGGAUAUGCAGGUGGAUACAGAAAACUUGAAGACUACCUCAUUAGAGGUUGUGGAGGAACCAACAGAUACAGGAGAAAUAGCUGUACCUGAAGUGAUAUGCCAAUCCUCCACUGAAGAAGACCCUAUGCAAGAACAGUUCACAGAUAAAGAAGUGACCAAAUCAUUAAUGCAGGCACCAUUUACCCAAACAAAGCCUGUGCUUCCAGAGCCGAAAGACGACUCGCCAACUUCUUCGAUGCAGGAACUGGACAAAACCGAACGCCCAGAUGAAACCAGUGUUGGUUCUACAAGCAUGAGUAAACAUGAGCAAGCUGAAUCGGAAAGUGAGACUAAAACAGAAGGUCAAUUAUCUCUAGAGGCUGUGGAGACCACAUCUGAAGUCCUAACAGAGUUACCUGAGGCAAAGGCUAUGAUUCCUGAAGACACUUCUGACACCCCAUUAGAGGAUCGCACAAUACAGGACAGGUCAGCUGUCGAAACCGAAUCGCAUAGACCUCUGAUGGAUAUGCAGGUGGAUACAGAAAACUUGAAGACUACCUCAUUAGAGGUUGUGGAGGAAUCAACAGAUACGGGAGAAAUAGCUGUACCUGAAGUGAUAUGCCAAUCCUACACUGAAGAAGACCCUAUGCAAGAACAGUUCACAGAUAAAGAAGUGACCAAAUCAUUAAUGCAGGCACCAUUUACCCAAACAAAGCCUGUGCUUCCAGAGCCGAAAGACGACUCGCCAACUUCUUCGAUGCAGGAACUGGACAAAACCGAACGCCCAGAUGAAACCAGUGUUGGUUCUACAAACAUGAGUAAACAUGAGCAAGCUGAAUCUGAAAGUGAGACUAAAACAGAAGGUCAAUUAUCUCUCGCAGCUGUGGAGACCACAUUUGAAGUCCUAACAGAGGUAGUUGAGGCAACUUCUGAUACCCCGUUAGAGGAUUGCACAAUACAGGACAGGUCAGCUGUCGAAACCGAAUCGCAUAGACCUCCGAAGGAUAUGCAGAUGGAUACAGAAAUGGAUACAGAGUCUGAAAUAAGUGGCUUGAUCGAGGGAUCGGAUGAGGAUAGGAAGAAAGCAGAGUUAGAGACCGUUGCUGAGGAAGACGUUGCGCAACAGGAAAUGUCAGAGCUGUGCUACUCUGAAGAAAAAUCACCUGAUAUGAUGGUGAAUGAACUCAAAUGUCAUCUAGCCGAAUACAGAUAUCAUGAAUCAUCUCAUGAAAGUGUAGAGAACACUUUGGAAUCAGUGAUUCCAUUAGAGGAUCAAUCAAACCUUGGCGAGUGCACAGCACUGGAUAAAAUACAGACUGAAUUUUUAGGACCUUUAAACCUUCCAGAAAGUGAAUCAGCACUAGAUGCUUUGAAGAUACUAAGAGAUAUUAAAAACGAACCUGAAAAACAAGAGAGUACAGAUGGAUUGAGAGAUAAAACCAAUUUCCAAGCUGCUUCGACGGGAGUUGUGGAUGAAUUAAAGGUUGCAUUGAAGAAGAAAUCCAAGUAUGAUAUCCAAAAGCAGAUAUUAUCAUGUAAAACAAAGACUCUGGAAGCAAAGGAGAUGAAGGUUGAAGUGGAAGCGUCAACAAGAGACGACGAAAAGGAUGAGCAUCUGACCACGUAUGAAGAACCUAAGGGAGAAACAGCAGUAGAUGGUGAUAAACAUCUAAAGGAAAGAAGCAGACCAGGACUGAAGAGAGGGAUUAAACAAAUGGAGUCUUCAUCGAGAGUCUUUCAACUUCAACAGGUUUCCUUCUUGGACCUUACGGCACAGAAGUCAAAGAUUGCUGUAAGAAGGCCCGAUAUUCGACCACCCAAGGACCCUCGUACGCUAAUCAACAUGCCUUCCGUGGAGCCCUCGACUCUUCCUCUUCCUUCACGACCCAGCCCUUUGGAAAAAUCUUUUAAAGAAGAUGCAUCAACACCAAGGAAAAACAUAAUCGGGUUUAAACUCCCUGGUUUGGGUGCUGGUUUCCCUGUGUUAAGAAAAACAGAGGCUGGUAAAAGAAUAAAAGGUGAAGAAGAUACACCUCCACAGAAGUCUAACGCAGAGUCACAGCCAACAGACGAACAUGUCAAGCAAAAGCCCGUCCCGGAUAAACCCGAUAAACCAAAAUGGACACCACCAAAGCAUUCUGGGAUGGGAAGCCCCAUGAUGAUGGCAGAGCUGAAGAACAAGCUCAAAAAGAAUGUAAAGGAAUAAAAAGACGACGUUAAAAUAAUUCUAAGUGCUGUAAAUAUUAAAUAUUAAAAUAGUAUUAUGGUAUUUAUUUGAAAAAUAAGCUUAUAUGGCAUACAAUUCUUACUAUAAAAAUAAACGCCUAUUUUAAAUAUGA